CACUCGUUCUUCCAAGAAUCUCUUGCAUUUAACCAUUCCAAAGGAGAUGGAGGAGGAGGAGGAGGUUCGUUGGGGACAAGCUUUCGUGGAACUGCAGAACAUGGUCAAGCCGAAGACCCGAAACACGUCCUUAUCAAAGAGAUUCGGGGUUAUAAGAGAUCUCGAGGCUGUUGAAUCUGGCGUGGAGAAGCUUUUUACGCAGCGGUCCAAGAAGGGUGUCCUAAUUUAUUGAUGGUGAUGGAGCCAUUGAAGCAAUCAGUGAAAGAACUUUCAGAAAGGUAUGAUCUUAUCUACAAGGCAACGCGUUGCUUGUGGGACACGGUGAUUCUUGCUCGAGACGCAGUGAGUGAGAGGCUCCUGACAUAAAAAAUUAAGAGUGACGUUGCCGAUGUUUAUGAGUGUUAAGACUUGUUUGUGAGUUGUGUAGGAUGUUUUUCUUCUUGUCUCAUGUUCAGUCUGUAAUGAUAACAAUAAAAAAUGAAACAAAAUACAUGCAUGCAUGCAUGCACGUCUCAAGUUAUUCUCAGCAUAAACUAUUGAAUCAAAUCGAUUUUGGAUUAGAUUCAUGAUAAGCAAUAAUAACACACAAUCAGUGAAUUAGAUUUCUCCAGAUCCAACAAAUACAAGGUAUUUUCCAUUAAUCUGAUGCUUGACAUGGAUUUUCAUGUUACUGAUAAUUUCAAGUCAAGAUCAUUCAACUUUUAUUUUUUGUAGCCUAGGCAUUGGCGCAUUCUCUAUUGGAGGCAGAACAUAUAGAAUAUUGCUCCACCCGGCUAAAUAGGCUUUCUGAAGCUUAACCAGUUCGAUGUCGUGUGAUAAUCUUACUAUUAAUCCCAACAAUCUAAUAUAAGGUCAACCACCACAAAUGCACUUGCCUAUACAAUUUUAAUAUUUUAUAAAUCCCUAAAAAUUGUUAAUUUACUUUUAUUAGAUUAGUUAACAAUUGGAAAUUAAAUUAAAUUGUAACAAUAAGACUUAGACUAUCUCCAAUGAUUCAUUCUAUUUUUUUCAGAAUAAAGUAAUUUUAUAAUAGAAUUGAAUUCUUCUCUAAUAAUACUUUAUUUUAGAAUAAAAAAUAGAGUGGUAAAUAAAAAACAAAUGAAUUUUUCUAUUUAUAUCGUGAACCAAUUUUUACUCUAUUAUAAUAUGUCUAAACCGUACUUUAUUUUCCAUUCUAAAAUAGAAUUUAUAGUAAAAAUGAUUCAAUGAUAUUCAAUUUUUUACUCUGUAAUAUAUUAAAAAUAAGUAUAGUUUAUAUAUAUAGUGUAGUCCAUUUAUCUUUUACUCAUCAUUCUAUUUUUCACUAUAAAAUAAAAUUCAUUUAGACUAAAAUACAACUCUACUAUAGAGUUAUUUUUUAUAUAAAAAAAGAGUACAUUAUUGAAAAUUGUCUUAUAGAGUAACAAGUAAAUUGGAAUUAAAGUAUUUUUACUUUAGUUCUAUUUUAUAAUGAAAAUAGAAUAGAAUUGAAGAUGCUCCUACAACUGUUCUAGUAUAGUAUAUAUAUAUUUCAUUUUCACCGUUAACCGGAUAUUAUGAAUUCCAAACAGAAACGAUAACUUGAUAUUUGUUGUAUACAAAAAUUAUAUAUGGAAUUUGUCCUACUUAUAUGAGUGGAGGACUACAAAAAUAGAAAUUAGAAAGUAUACAAAUGACCUUGGCUUUCUCACCGACUUGGUAUGAUGAAACCAAGUCCACAUACACUGUAGAUAGUAUAUACCUUCAUAAAACUUCGUAUAUCACAUAGUUCUGCUCUGCUCUGUUUGCAAACAUCCCAGUUCCCGUGCAUAUGUUAGUAUGUUACGCAGAUCAACAACAUUAAAAUCUAUUUUAGAACCAAAGAAAUGUUUAGUGAGAAACUCGAUCGAUAUGCUAAAACAAUAAUCACAAACUCUCGGCAUUUUACAAAAAAAAAGAUCUAACCUCUGCAAGGUUGAAAAUAGCCUUGUGAUCAAUUUCACAAUGGUUUUGACUAUACCAGCUGCAUGGAUCUUGAUCUUGAGCAUUAUUGAUUGCUCAUUUGGCAAAGGGAUCUCAACCUUUCUAUCUUAUCUAACAGCCGGCCUAUUAUUUCCAUCUUAAUCAAAUUUGCAAACCAAGUUAAAAACACAUUUAUUCACACUCACAUAAAUUUUGUAAGAGACAGAAGUUAGGAGGAGACGCAAACCGAGCAAGAUAUCAAAAAGAUUUGAAUACAACCAAUAUUCUACAACUUCACAACACAUGUUAUACAUAUAUAACUUCAUAGAGAGCAAACAGUACAUAGCUUUGAGGUUGUCAAACCCAUAAAUGCUGUUUGAGCGAUUUCACGACCAGAAAUGAUUCAUAUUAGCCAAAUAUAAACAACCUAAACUCAAAUUCAUCAAAGCACAUAUCAGAAUAUAGCUUCUCAAUAAUAUAGUAGAAUAAUUUCAUAAUUCAUAUAGUAGAAUGACUUCAAUAUCCCCGACUCCAUACCUCUUAGCUUGCCAGAAAACAAUCUUGAUCCUCACUUGCGUCUUCAGAUCCACCCGGGAAACCGUCGAUCCAUUAGGCAAAACGUCUUGUUAAAAAGUCUGCCCCCUACUUCUUGGCCUUCUUAUUGUGUUAUUAUAACCUUGGCUCUAUAGUAACGCGAUAUGAAUUGUUUCUGGAGAAAGAAAGGUGGACAACGUCGUAGUAGAUUCCUUUUGGUAUUUGUUUAUCAGAAUUUUUGUUUGGUUAUAUAUUUCAUGUAAAAUAACUGUUUUAGAAUUUAAUUAAUGUGAUUUUUCAAUUAAAAUAAUAAUUUAUCAAACUUUUUGUUGAGUUGGCAUAGCUUAAAAACCUCUAAAUUAGUUUAAACUAGUAUGUCUCCCGUGCUAUGCACGGACGUUGCUUAUAUAUAGAGAGAGAGAGAUAUGAUUUACAGUGAACAAAUGUCAUUGUUAAUCACAAACAGAAAACCAAAAUAUGGAUCUCUUAUAUUUACACAUUGGUCUGAUUCUUUUGGGGAGUUUAGGAUCAGAAAGUAAACAGAAAAUAAUAUCACCACAAUUCUAUAAUAUUAUUAUUUUUUUUUUGAAACUUCUAUAAUAUUAUAAAUAUAUAAAAUAAAAUAUAAGAAAGACUGUGGUUAAAAAAAAAAAGGAUCAACCUGGUUAGGUUAUUUUGAUCGAGAGUAAACAUGAGUAUUUUCUCGUCUCUCCUCUCACCCAAGCUUCUUAAGCUCUAAUUGUUUUUUCUUCUUUUCCGAAAGCAUGAAGCUUUAUUUGUUACCUUCUAGUUAUCACCACAAUUUUUUUCCUUUUUUUUGUAACUUAUCACCACAAUUUUUCUUCUUCUACUUUUUUCUUUUUUUUUGACAAAAGGUUUUUCUUCUUCUUGUGUUGCUUCCAAAGUUUUUUUAGGUUGUUCUAAUAAAAAAGAAGUUUCUUUAGGACCUUGUAAGUGUGCUUUAAAAUGAGUCGCUCUUACUCUCCCUCCCUUUAUUAUCACCACCAGAAUAAAUAAACUUAUUCUAGCAAAAUUGAGAAUCAGUUUAGGCUUUUUUGAAAUGUUGUUGAAUUUUGUUUACAUUUUCCUUAUCACGUAGAUUUUGCCAAUAUUUACAGAAGGCAAAAAAAAAUAAGUAGAUUAGAAGGGAUAGAUGUUUAAGAAAAUAAAUUCAACAACACGCAAAUUUUAUUCGAACAUGAAGAGUUCGGGCGUUUUCAGUCUUACUAACCUGGACCUUACGUUCAUCUGCGAUCUUCGGCUCCGCUUACCCGUCCACAGAAAAUUUGUGUGUUUCUUAGUUCAUCGAAAAAGGCUUUUUCUAGAAGACUGUUGUUAUGCCACGGUUUGGCCAGAGGUUUUUUUUUUUACUGAACCAGAUGUUUAUAUGAAGUUAUCAUCAAACUUUAGAAAGAGACGUCAACUUUUUCACAGAAUCUUAGAAUUUAUAAUUUUUGAAUGAAAAUAGAUAUGGAUUUUGUUUGUGGCAUCGUGAUUUAUAAAUAUUUUCUAGAGAAAACAAUAACGGUUCUAAAAGUAGUGAAAUCAUGAUGUAGUGUGAGAAAUUUCAGGGAUUAUGUAAUUUUUAAAUAAAAAUGAAUUUAAAGAUAAAUAACCGAAUGAAACUGUUUUCUUUUUUUCAUUUAUGCUUUUUCUUUAAUUUGUAAAAUAAAAAAUGCCAUGUGUCAGAUUUUUAUUCGUUAGGCGACUUGCGCUUUAGUAUAUAAGGGAUGAUUACAAAUAGUUUAACCUUCUAACUUCUAACUUUUAACGUGCAAUCAUUUAAUUACAAAAUUAUUUCGCAAAUAAUAGUAUAGAUAGAUAGAUUUAUAAUGGAAACAAUAUAAUUUAAAUGUCAUUAUGUGGAAAUAAAUAACCAAAUUAUGAAUAUUUAAAAUUAGUGACCAAGAUUUUGAUCAAGACCUUGACUAAGAGUUUGACCAAUGCAAAUGGAUUAGAUCUUCAUAAAUUUUUUUAUGAUGAUGUACCUUUGAUUAGCUUUUUUUAGACCAGAUCCUGGACCGAAUUUUGAGAAGGGUAAAACCCACCUCCAACACACGACACUUUUAUUAGUCCUCCUCCUAUUUAUACUUUAUCUGCGAGCAAAAGGGUUUGCUAAAUUGUAAUUAGUUUUAUCUCUCUUCCCUUUGCUUCUGAACUCUUGUCUCUUUUCAGCGUAAAUAAAUACGCAGAGAAUGUUCUUUAGCUGUGGAAACCCAUUCAAGGCUCUGUUUCCAAAGAAGAACAAUGCAUGCAUGUCCUCACAUCUUGUCUCUCUAUUGAACAACUUCGAGACAAGUUUGAGGGUAUCGAUUGCAGAACUUGUACCAAAGGAUGAUGAUAAGAAUGGUUUUAUCACUGUUUCUUGGAUGAUUCAAGCAAUGCACUCUCUUUGUGAGAUACACCAGUGUAUCUCGACACUCAUGACCACAGAUGUAGACCUUCCUGUAUCCGACAUGGAAGAAAGUAUGUACGCUGACAUCAGUUCGAAGCUGCUUGAAGUCUGCAACGCCUUCACCUCGGAGCUGGCCCGGCUUAACCACGGAAACAUGUUACUCAAGUUUGCUUUUAGUGAUCCUGAUGAGGUUUCUUUAUCGCAUAUCGACUGUUGGAGGCAGCACAUGGCUUCCAAGAACCCUAGAAUCGAAAACUGCGGUGAGGUUUUGAGUAAUCUUGUUGAAUCCAUGAGUGAUGAUCAUGAUCUUCAUGGUCUCAAAAAGAAGGUGAAUAAGAAGAAGAAGAAACAAUACGAAGAAGAAAAACUUCUCAUGCGAGCCCUAUAUGGUGUUAAGGCCACGACUUUAUACAUAUUCAGCGUGUUUGCUGCAGCGUUUUCUGGUUCUUCCGAGAAUAUUUUGUAUAUAAACAUUCGAAAGGAGAUGAAGGAGGACGAGGAGGAGGUUCCAUGGGAAAAAGCAUUCAUGGAACUGCAGAACGUGAUCAUGAACACGUUCUUAUCGAACAGAUUCAUGGUUAUAAAAGAUGUUAAGGCUGUUGAAUCUGGUGUGGAGAUGGUUUACGCGGCGGUUCAAGAAGGCUCAGUUCCUAAUUCGUUGAUGGUGGAGCCACUGAAGCAAUCAGUGAUGAUACUUUCAGAAAGGUUUGAUCAUGUCUCCAAGGAAACGAGUUUCUUGUUCGAUACCGUGAACUCCGCUCGAGACGCAUUGUUCGAGAGGCUCAGAACCAAAUACGAAUAUGAGUUAGCUGAGAGUAACGUUGCUGAAUGCCGAUGAUCAUGUUAAGACUUGUUUGGGAGUAGUGUAGGGUGUGUUUCUUGUCUCAUGUUCAGUGUGUAAUGAUAACAAUAAAAAUGAAACAAAAUGCAUGCAUGCAUGCAUGUCUCAAGUUUUUUUUUUGGUAAAAUGUCUCAAGUUAUUCCCAGCAUAAACUAUUGAUCAGAUCAAUUUUGGAUUAGAUUCUUGAUAAGCAAGCGUAACACACAAGUAAUGAAUCAGAUUUACAGGUCCAACAAAUAAAAGUAUUUUUACUUUAAUCUGAUGCUUGACACAUGGAUUUUUUUUUAUCUCUUUCAUGCUUUUAUCUCUUUAUAUAGUUGUGAAUUGUGAUAACCAUUUCAUGAUCCUAGUUUGUAUUUGUUUGAUACAUGACAUUUUUUUUUUCAGUUUUAGCCUCAAAACAAAUAAUAAACACCAAAGCUAUUUUUUCUAAUUUGAGUUUGAAUAAUAAGAACCACGCAACAAGAAAAUUGACUAUUGCUAUAUUUGCAAGUGUAACUUAGAUGACAUAAAGUGUAUUAUUUAUAAAAUUGGAACCAUAUAUAAAAACUUAUUCAAAAAAUUAC